AAGAGUGAAACAAGUGAAGGAAGAGAAAAGCUAAAACCGAGAAAACAGUUUUCUGCAAAUGACGAACAAGUUGACACAGAUUCAGAUUCGGAGGGAGAGGAGAGACCAUCUGCACUGCCAAAUGAUAUGAAAGAACUGAACGCACAACAGUCACAGCACACUGAGCACAGUGAAACGUUCGAAGACACCGAGAGAAAUGCAGUGACACCAAGUGAGACAAGCGAACAAGACGGAAACCCCACAGUGGAAGAACAAAAUCUCACAGCAGAGAAUACUGCAGGUGACAUUACAACAGAGAACCCAAUCACCCAAACCCCAUCGACGACGAAUGAACAUGAAAAUGUGAUCCAAGCGGGAAAUAACGGCGAAGAAACUGCUAGAUUUUAUCCACGACCACAACGAGUUCGACAGCCGCCAUCACGUUUUGGAUAUAACACACCCGGAAAUCCAGCGACUGGUGUGUUCAAUGUAUGUCAAAACCCCACCGUUGGAAUGAUGCAGACCUGCGGCUUCAUACCACCACAACCGCACCUAUUUUACGGUUACCCACCAACUCAACCACCAUUUGAUUACCCACCGACCCCACCACCGUUUGGUUACCUACCAACUCCACCACCAUUUGGUUAUCCACCAACUCCACCAUUGUUUGGUUACCCUCAAAUGUACCAGAACCAGCCAAUGUUUGCGUUUUAG